AUGGGUCCUGCGACCGAUAAAGGCAAUAACCUUGAAAAAAUUAUUGCCGCGGGUGCGAACGUUGUACGUAUGAAUUUCUCUCACGGCACACCGGAAGAUCAUAUCGGUCGUGCUAAUAAAGUUCGUGAAAUUGCGAAAAAAUUAGGCAAACAUGUUGCGAUUUUAGGCGAUUUGCAAGGUCCUAAAAUCCGCGUUUCCACGUUUAAAGAAGGCAAAAUUUUCUUAAGCAUUGGUGAUAAAUUUAUUUUAGACGCUGAUUUACCGAAAGGCGAAGGUAAUCAGGAAUCGGUCGGUUUAGACUACAAAACCUUACCGCAGGAUGUGGUGCCGGGCGAUAUUCUGUUAUUGGACGACGGUCGCGUUCAGUUAAAAGUGUUGUCUACCGAAGGGGCGAAAGUGUUUACUGAAGUGACGGUGGGCGGUCCUUUAUCAAAUAACAAGGGUAUCAACAAAUUGGGCGGCGGUUUGUCGGCGGACGCAUUAACCGAAAAAGAUAAAGCGGACAUCAUUACCGCGGCACGUAUCGGCGUCGAUUACCUGGCGGUGUCAUUCCCGCGUUCAAGUGCGGAUUUAAACUACGCCCGCGAAUUGGCGGAAGCGGCCGGUUUGAAAGCGAAAAUCGUGGCGAAAGUGGAACGUGCGGAAACCGUUGCCAGCGACGAAGCGAUGGAUGAUAUUAUCCUGGCUUCGGACGUGAUUAUGGUUGCCCGCGAAAAAAUUGAUCCGUCGUUCGCGUCAGUUAAAUCGCGUGGUUAUCACCGCGACCCAAAUGAUGGAAUCGAUGAUUAG